AACUAGUGUUCAAGGUUGAACCUCCCCUCCCCUACUUGCUUGGAAAAAACUCACGAGUUGACGGCAGAGAGAGGAAAGCCGCCUCCUCUCGUUUCUUUCUUCCAUUCCGCCUCCCCUCCGGAAAAGACCCUGCUUUUCUCUCUAAGCUCGUCUAGAAGCUCACACGUCGGUUCAGAAUCAUUCUUGUUGCAGGUGUUUCUGUGAUUGCAGAUCAUGUUACGAGCAAAGCAGCUCAGUAAUCUUUCCAGUAAUGCGAGGUCGUUUUUUCUUAAUGGAACAAGAUGUAGUGCAACUGAUGGUAGUUCAUGCACUUGCUCUGAAGAUGAAACCUGCCUUCCAAGAAGGCAUCAAACAAGAAACACUGUUCUACCCCAGAAUGCAUCCACCAUAGUACCGAAAACUUCAGCAAGGGUGGAAACAUCUGUUUUGCGAGAUGCCGGAAAAUUGUUGGGCCGUCACAAAGUUGAGAGUGUUGAGCACCCAACUUUGCCACAAGUUGCAUCUUCUCCUAGUUCUUUUGGGAGCUCAGUUUCUGUUAGUUAUGCCAGUGGCAUUGAUGCUGUUGAGAAGGAUGCUACACACUCCUCACCUCCGAUUUCAGACCAGUUCUUGAAUGCAGGUAUUGCAGCAGUUAGUUUUCUAUCUGAUUUAGUAAACUACAAACUUCCUAUGUCUGAUGGAAGUGGAAUAAACUCACCCAAAAACUGCAUGAUUGACCCCACCAGGGCAAAUUCUGCUAUAAAAUCAUCAAAUGUGAAAACCAUCAGGAGAGAGAACUUUACUAAAGUUUAUCGAAAGCCAUCUGUAGAGCCAACAGUAGUGUCCAAUACCAGUAACUAUAACAGUUCAAAGGAUAAAGGCGAAAAAUCAGGUUUUACCAGAGGUUUCAAACAUGUUUCAAAUAGUGCCGCUGGUAAUUCAGCAAAAUCUCAUAGCAUAGUUUCAGAUACAUGUGAUAAAAGGAGGACUAUACCUCAAAGGCCAAAAGGUUCAGCAAACCGGUUCAUUGCAAAUUUUAAUUCCAACGCACAGAAUUCUGAUGCUAAGAUUAGAGAACACUUUGCUGAAGAUUACAGAAAAUUGUCGAGAGAUGCUAAAAUGUCACCUGUAAUUGCUCCCAGCCCCAGACAGAUUGCAAGCAGUGGGCACAUCAUGGAAAAUGUUUCUCAGAUACUGAAACAACUAAGGUGGGGCCCUGCAGCAGAGGAGGCUCUUGGAAAUCUUAAUUAUUUAAUGGAUGCUUAUCAGGCAAAUCAAGUUUUAAAGCAGCUUCAAGACCAUACAGUUGCUUUUGGCUUUUUCCAUUGGUUGAAACGGCAACAUGGGUUCAAGCAUGAUGACCAUACUUAUACAACCAUGGUUGGCAUUCUUGGCCGUGCAAAGCAGUUUGGUGCAAUUAACAAAUUGCUUAAUCAGAUGAUCAAGGAUGGAUGCCACCCUAAUGUUGUAACUUAUAACCGUCUUAUUCACAGUUAUGGCCGUGCAAACUACCUAAAUGAAGCAGUUGAUGUUUUUAAUGAAAUGCAGAAGGUAGGGUGUGAACCUGACCGUGUUACAUAUUGUACACUCAUUGAUAUUCAUGCAAAAGCUGGGUUUCUUGAUUUUGCUAUGGAGAUGUAUCAAAGAAUGCAAGCAGCUGGCCUUUCUCCUGACACAUUCACUUAUAGUGUUAUAAUAAACUGCCUUGGAAAAGCUGGCCAUUUAGCUGCUGCUCACAAGCUAUUUUGCGAGAUGGUUGAAAAAGGAUGUACUCCCAAUUUAGUCACUUAUAAUAUCAUGAUUGCAUUGCAAGCCAAGUCAAGAAAUUACGAGACUGCGUUAAAGCUUUACCGUGAGAUGCAGAAUGCAGGAUUUGAACCUGAUAAAGUAACUUAUAGUAUAGUCAUGGAAGUGCUUGGACACUGUGGUUAUCUUGAUGAAGCGGAAGCAGUGUUUUCUGAGAUGAAAAGAAAGAAUUGGGUGCCUGAUGAACCUGUCUAUGGCCUUCUAGUGGACUUAUGGGGAAAGGCUGGAAAUGUCGAAAAGGCUUGGGAAUGGUAUCAGACCAUGCUCCACACUGGCCUGCGCCCAAAUGUGCCCACUUGUAAUUCUCUUCUUAGUGCAUUCCUCAGGGUGAACAGGCUGGCGGAUGCUUAUAACUUGCUGCAGAGCAUGUUGAACUUGGGUCUAAGCCCUUCUUUACAGACUUACACAUUGCUUCUCAGUUGUUGUACAGAGGCACACUCACCAUGUGACAUGGGGAUUUAUUGUGAGCUCAUGGCAGUCACGGGCCACCCUGCACAUAUGUUCCUGUUGUCUUUGCCAUCAGCUGGACCUGAUGGUCAAAACGUGCGGGAUCAUGCUAGUAGGUUUUUUGAUCUGAUGCAUAGUGAAGAUAGAGAGAGCAAAAGGGGACUUGUAGAUGCGGUGGUUGAUUUCCUUCACAAAUCAGGGCUCAAGGAGGAGGCUGGGUCGGUUUGGGAGGUAGCUGCACAGAGGAAUGUAUAUCCAGAUGCUAUCAAAGAGAAAAGUUCAUGCUAUUGGCUUAUUAACCUACAUGUUAUGUCUGACGGAACAGCUGUGACUGCACUAUCAAGGACACUUGCUUGGUUUCGCCGCCAGAUGCUAGUCUCAGGGAUUAGUCCCAGUCGUAUUGAUAUAGUGACUGGAUGGGGCAGGCGGAGCAGGGUGACAGGAUCUUCCUUAGUACGGCAGGCAGUACAAGAAUUGCUGCAUAUUUUUAGCUUUCCAUUUUUCACUGAAAAUGGCAAUUCUGGGUGCUUUGUUGGUUGUGGGGAGCCUCUUAACCGCUGGUUGCUCCAAUCUUAUGUGGAGCGGAUGCAUUUACUGUAAGUAGCUGUGUUUUUGUUUUAGUCAUGUUGCUUACACAAUUUUGUUGCGGCGAGUAGAAUAGACAUUGCAGUGUCAUGUGCAUAAUUAUGUAUUGUGUUUCAACUUAAAUCUAACUCCUUGCUGACUUUCGGUGUCAGUAGUAUUACAUUCUACCAUAGCUUUCGGCUUUUACUCCUGUCUAGUGCAAGUUCAAUAAUCCAGCUCCCUCUCCCUCACUCCAGUAUUGGAUCAGUUUGAAUUGUGUAUCAUUUGGAGUUAAUUACUAUGAGAUUUCUCAUAGCAAUGAAUAUAUUAAAGCAGCUGCCUAUAAACUUCCAUGUGUAUAUUGUAAUAUGUACUUACGGGCUAAAAUAGUUGUUUACUGUGUAUAUAUUUGUUUUUUUUUGGUAGUUUUUCAUGGAUUCAUAAUGUAUUUGCUGCAGAAUGCUAAUUAGUAAUUAUAGUUGUAUGGUGUUUGAAUUGUGUUUCCCUA